CACAGUCAUCGUCGACAAGUAAUACAAUUUAAUACAUAUUGCUGCGUUGUUCGUUUUUGUAUAUUUCAUUUUAAAAAAAACUCCCUUCCCCCCCCCCAAAAAAAAACAUGUGGCGGAUAAUUUAUUGUGCGGUAGUUCUGGCUUCGGCGGUAGGACCGUCCGUCCAACGUGUGCCGGUGAUGGUCUCGUUGAACACGGAAGGCAAACCCGGCGAAAUGAGCGAAUCGUCGUUCAUCGACUACGUCAACUGGUGGCAGAACAUCAUAGGCAUCGUCAGCAACACCGAGGAUACCUCGCCUGAACCACCCACCGAACCCAUCGACCAGAGCACUUGUCCGGCUUGCACAUGCGGAGCUCCGGGCAAGAAAAACCGAAUCGUCGGAGGCGCACCCACUUACAGACAUCAAUAUCCUUGGAUGGUCAUGCUCACAUACAAGGGCAAGUUCUACUGCGGAGGCACCCUGAUCAAUCACAAAUAUGUCAUGACCGCCGCCCACUGCGUUCACGGGUUCGAAGCCAAGAACAUCGGUGCUCGCAUACUGGAGCACGACCGCAGCCAGAGCGACGAGAAACAUAUUGAUUUUCGCGUUAAGAAAGUGAUCAAACACAAAGGGUACAGCACCACUUCUUACAACAACGACAUCGCCUUGCUGCGACUCGAAACCGACGGCAUAGAGUUGGGACCCAACACGGGCGUGCACCCCGUUUGUUUGCCAGCAGAAGGAAAGAGCUUCGCCGGUUACGAGGGCAUAAUCACCGGAUGGGGAGCCAAAAAACAAGGCGGUUCGUCGGCGCAGGUGUUGCAAGAAGUGUACGUGCCGAUCAUGUCCAACGAGGACUGCAGGAAAACGGAAUACGACGAGAAGAGGAUCACGGCCAACAUGAUCUGCGCCGGAUAUCCGGAGGGCAAAAAAGACUCGUGCCAGGGUGACAGCGGCGGUCCCAUGCACGUUGCCAACAAUUCGGCGUACCACAUUGUGGGUGUCGUGUCUUGGGGAGAAGGAUGCGCCCAGGCCAACCGGCCUGGGGUUUAUUCCAGAGUGAACAGAUACUUGAACUGGAUUCACAACAACACGGUGGACGCUUGUCCUUGCAACAACGUGUACGCACAUGGAGGAGAAGAGGCAGAGCAAGAAAACUGACUCGACACAUUCGACCGGCACACCGAAGAAAUGGAUCUCAAAAUUCGACGAUUGAACGAUUAAAUUAUUUUUUAUUUAUACCGUAUUGUACGUUAUUUAAUGCUUUGUUAAAUUUUAUUCAACUAUAUAUUUUUGUAAGAUCGAUCAAUAUAUUAUUAUGUUAUUGUA